GCGGAAGUCUCGCUCUGCCAUGUUGAGCGCUUUGUUUCUGUGAGUGAGACGCGAUGAUGGAGCAGAGCUGGAGCUCUUUCUUGUUCCAGCAGGCUAAUGAAGCCCUUCACCACCAGCACCAGGUGGCCCCAAACAGCCUGCUGCCACUGCUGAACUCUGAGCCGCAGGACCAGAAGCCUGUGAUGCCCAUUCCUCUGGACCACAAACCCCCCGUCAGCGCCGCCGAGCUCCUCAAGGACAACGUAGCCAGCGGGACGGGGGGAGGAGGGGGUGGCAAUGCCGGAGGAGGUGGUCAAAUGCCCGUUGUCAAGAAAGAGCACAAGAGCAAGACACCAUUCAUCUGUGGCUACUGCAACAAGGCCUUCCGCGACAGCUACCACCUCCGCCGGCACGAGUCCUGCCACACCGGCAUCAAAAUGGUGUCCAGACCCAAAAAGAUGGCACAAGCGGCACCCACCAUGGUCCCGCUCAUCUCCACCAUGCCCCGUGAGACCACGGGCAACCCUGCCUACAUCUCAACCGUCGCUGGCAUCUUUUCCACAGCGACCACUUCUACGUCCUCCGCCUCUACUAUCAUGUCCCCGACGUCCAUGUCCAACGUGACCCAACACAGUGCUCCCAAAAAGCCACCCAAGCCCGUAAAGAAGAACCACGGCUGUGAAAUGUGCGGGAAAGCCUUCCGGGAUGUUUACCAUCUGAACCGGCACAAGCUGUCCCACUCGGAUGAAAAACCAUUUGAGUGUCCUAUAUGCCAACAGCGCUUUAAGAGGAAGGAUCGCAUGACGUACCACGUGCGCUCACACGACGGAGGCGUCCACAAACCCUAUGUCUGUUCUGUCUGUGGAAAGGGAUUCUCGAGGCCUGAUCAUCUCAGCUGCCAUGUGAAGCAUGUUCAUUCCUCGGAGAGACCUUUCAAAUGCCAGGUUACGGCCUGUACAUCAGCCUUUGCCACCAAAGACAGACUUCGGUCGCAUAUGAUUCGGCACGAAGGGAAAGUCACUUGUAAUGUGUGUGGAAAGAUGCUGAGCGCCGCCUACAUCACCAGCCACUUAAAAACACAUGGCCAGAGCAACUACAACAACGUCUGUAACAAAGGAGAUUGGCAGUGGAACCACUCAGGGCUCCGAAAAGACAACACUGAAGUCUGCAACUCUGCCUCCACUACACCGGUCUCAGCCACAGCCCCAAUCACCACUGCAAUGAACCGCGGCAACACCAGCAACCCCGUUACAAUAGCAGCCCAGAUGAACAUCUCUACCAACACAGUCAACAUCACAUCUCCCAUCAGCCUGCAGCACCCGGUUACCAUCACCGGCCCUGUGAACAUCGCAUCCGUCAACAUCCAAGCCACAGCGCCCAUGAAUAUCGCCCAUCCGGUGGCCAUCACCACGCCCAUGGCCAUGCCCAUGAACAUCGGCGCCCCGCUCAACAUUGCCAUGAGACCUAUGGACACUAUGCCCUUCCUGUCCCAAGUCUUGCCAUCUUCUCACUGGUAGAACCGGUGGCGCUGACCAGCAUUUGUUCUUCUGACAUCUGAGUGGCAUGAACAAACCCAUUGCGUGGCUACAUUGCAACACUAGCAGAAGAUUUGCACGGAUUUCCAACUCUCUCUGGCCUUCAAGUAUGUUUGCGUUUUGCGCACCUGGUGAGCAGCUCUGUAGCGGGGCAUUUCGCAAGCUCCUCUGAGCACUUCAAACCCCGACGACGGACGUUUUUAAGGACAAAUGCAAUAAUUGAUGUGCAUUUCGAACACUUUUUUUUAAUAAGCAGAGUGCCAGUGGGUUCUUCAAUGUUGUUGAAGUGUAACCUGCUAAUCAGUAUUUAAGGAAAUUCGUUUGAAAUGGACUGUUGCUUCCAUUGGGAGGGAGGAUUUUUUAAAUAUCUUUUGCAUUAUUUCGAUUUUGCGCAGGGGUGUGAGUGUGUGCGUUAUUUUUUUUUUUGUGUAUGGAGGUGCCGUAGAUCACUUUUUUUUUUUCUUUUUUUUUUUUCUUUUUUUUUAAUGGUGUUCGUCAUGACACUGUUUACUGCUAUUCAGUUUUUAUGAGGGGAGGGCAGCUUCGUUCUCUUAUUGUUUGUGAACAUUGUUAGCUGUCGCGUGUUUUUUUUUUGCAUACAGAAGAAAGCUUUGGAGGAAGUUAAGAGUCUUGCACUGAAAGCAUAUCCCUAGUUUAAAGAGGCAGUAUUAUCUAAAUAUGAAUAUCAAGAUGUGUCCCAAAUGGUACACUUGAUGUGGUCAUUACUAUCCCAUGGCCUUAGUUUGUGUAUGGAUCUACAAAGUCCAUGAAGACAUAGAGUAUCCUAUUUGUCAUUUAACGAUUGAGAAAGGUGCUCAAGAGUGCCCCCUUUGCACAAUGGUGCGGACUUCACAGCAGACUACUACUCUACUCUACAGUCUGUGCAGCAUUUCUUCACCAAAGUCUGAACUCAGAGGAGGACCAUGAGGGCCAAGUGUCUGAUUUGGGAUGGGGUUUAUGAGCUGUAGGUAACCAGCUCAUUUAUAACAGCGCCAUCUAUUGGUUGGAGUACUGCGCUGAUGCCCUUUAAAGUUUUAAUUUGGACUUUUGCCUGUUAGAAGUAUUUUAUAACCUUGUUUUUUUUUUGUAUUUUUUAUAUGAUGUUUGCAAGAUCCCUGUUCUAAAAACAUGUUCUACAAAGGAAAUGGGCUGAGAAUAGGAAAUGAACAUGAAUAAUUCCAGGAAAAUGCCUUGGAAUUAUUCAUGUUUGUUUGUAAAUAUAUUCCACUUUGAUUUUUUUUCUUUCUAUUUUUUUUUUUUUUUUUUUUGCAUGUUUGUUUUUGUAAGUUUUCUGGGGGUUUUUUAUGUUUGUUUUGUUUUAUGUAGUUUAAACUCUGUAGAUGAUAGUAUUUUCCUGUAGUUAAAGCCCAGAAGCAACAUAAAUUUAACAUAAAAGCACCUCUUCAGUCUGAAAUAAUGGAGAAUGUUUACAGACUGGCUCUGGAAAUUUCAACACUGUGCUUGUCUAUUUGGACUAAAGAGUUUAAUAAUUUUGUGUUAAUAAAACACAACAGUAUAAGUAGUAAGAGUGAGCUGUCACUCACUACACAGUACUGCCACCAAUGUGAGAGAAUUUAGGAACAUUAUGUCGGCCACUUCCUCUACAUGCUUCCUGUGCAUGGAGCAGAUGCAAGAGAGAAGAGACUGCUGUAGUGAAAACACUAAUUAUUUAACUUGUAUGCAAUUUUUUGUGGGUAGUUUUCCCCCACAGCCUGUGAUGUGACGAUCUGGAGUGUCUGAAUGGAUGCCGUCCACCCCAGCACUGAGUCUCAGGAAGGGGAUGCUUUUUCCUGAUCAGACACAAUGAAUCCCUGAUCCGUGUGUGUGUGUUUGUGUGCGUGUCUCAUGAGGCAUUUGAUUCUCCCGUCACACUAGAACAAACAAAAGCAUGUUUCCAUAGUUUAGUUUGUGGGAGAGUGAGAAUGCACGUUUAUGCAUUUCAUGGUGGAUGCAUUACAAUUGCCUCUUUUAUUUGCCAAAUUGAAACCAAUUAUGAAAUCCAAUGAAGUGAACAUUUUUGAAUUGAGUCUAAUGUUGUUGUUUUGAUUCAGUUGAUGAACUGGAUGAUUUUGGAGCCCCUGUGAAAGCAGUUGAAUGUAUAUGUUUGUACAGAAGUGUUUAGCUCAGAAGAUCUUAGAGUACAGAUAGACAAUGUGAGCAAAGAAAAGCAAAAUAACCUUUUAUAAAACUUUUGUAUUAGUACAUUAACAAUGGUAAUUUUGUAUAUAUGAAGACUAGGCUUUCUGAGUAGCGGAAAGAAAAACAUUCCUACAUUUUUUUUUAAAUGUAAGUUUGUCAGAAAUAAUUAUGUAAACAUGCGCAAUGUUUAUGUGCCUUUUAUUUGGGUUGUCUAAAUAAAAAAAAAACUGUAAAACAA